UUUUAAAAAUUGGUUUGUUUAGGGAUAACAGUAUAUUAAAUCUUUUAACAGAUUUCGACUGCGCAUAACAGCUGUUAUAGUAAUCAUACGAUAUACAUACAUAUAUCAUAUUGCAUUUCACCUUCGCACAUGUUUUUCUCAUGGAUUUGGGUUCCUUGACUAAAUUGACUGAGGCCGAGGUCAUGGAGAAAAUUUGCCGGGCUUGCCUGGGGACUCCUGGAGAUGAGCACCUGGUCAACAUAUUCGAUAGGAUGCCGAAACUGGAAAUCUCCAUAGCAGAAAUGAUCACGGAAUGCACUGGGUUCGAGGCCAAGCCAGGAGAUUCGUUUCCCGCGACCAUUUGCCGUGCUUGUCUGCAGGAUGCGAAGAAUGCCUACAAGAUCGGGAAGACCUGCGAGAGGAGCCACCAGUUCUUCUGCCAGGUCCGUGAUGAGGGCAUAGAGGAAGCCAUUUGCGCUUUACUCGAGGAAGAGGACUGGGAGUUUUCGGACAAGGAAAGCGAAUGUGAUACCUCCGCUAAUACUUUGAAAUCGGAUGAUGGCAAAACCAAAGAGACAACUGGCUUACAAAAGAGCUCAAGGCGGAAAAGACGUCGAAACAAAAGUCUUCAAGGGAACUGGGUCCAGGGCUACAAAUGUCCUCACUGCUCCCGGUCAUGUGUCAAUGAACAAGUUCUGACUGUCCACCUUCGAUGUCACACUGGUGAAAAGCCCUAUAAGUGCCAACACUGCUCCAAUUCCUUCGCACAAAAACCCACUCUUAUUUCGCAUAUUCGCAUCCACACGGGCGAGCGUCCAUUCCAGUGCACGGAGUGCACCAAGUCCUUCGUAAAGGGUUCAGAUCUCCUGCGGCACAAACGAGUCCACGAUGGAGUUCGCCCGCACCAGUGCCCGCAUUGCAAGAAGUUCUUUGCCAGAAAGUCGCAUCUGCGGGAUCACAUACGCGUCCACACGGGCGAGCGUCCCUUCCAGUGCCCCCAGUGUCCCAAGACGUUUGCGUUAAAGCAACCACUUCGUCGUCAUAUCGCCUCCCACUCGGAGUCGGGAGCCUUCAAGUGUACCCAGUGCCCGAAGUCGUUUCCAAGGAAAAAGCAUCUUCGCAGGCAUGCCAAAGUUCACUUAAAUGUUCCACUGCAUCCAUGUUCCCAGUGCCCGGAACAGUUCGAACAUCAUUAUGCCCUCGAACACCAUAUGCUUACACACUCGACGGACAAGGUCCAUAAGUGCUCCCAGUGCUCCCAGAAAUUUACCUUAAUGCGGUACCUAAAAAAGCACAUGCGAAUUCAUGCCAAGGAAAAGAAACGAUUUAUUUGAUAUUGCUGGAAAAAGUCUAGGUAGCAACUUUUUAGAUUGAAACCCUAGCUUUUAAGCAUUGAAUGUACUUAAACACUGAAGUAAAUCAUCUUUGUGAAAUCAGUAUGAAACUACCUAUGAACAUUAUAUAUUUUAUAUAUUUAAACUUUUCUUAAUGAAUGUUUGAAACAAAUACAAAAAAUGAAGAA